GGAUUCAGUAGAGACAGAGGCAGAAGUAAAUGGGAGGAAGAGAGAGAGUGAUCAUCAUGAGACGGGUUAGAAGCGCAGGGUGAGGAUUAUCUUUUGUCCAAAAAGCUCCACGGGAUCUGGCUGGCAGAGGAGACUGAAAAGAUGAGAGCAGGAUGGCGUUUGCUGUGUGAUGACCCUGACUAUCCUAACAGCCCCUCUCUGUACAGGAGGACACGAUUUCUCUCUCAGCCUCUACUGGCAGCAUCAGUAAACAGCAAGAAUCAUCCAGCAGCCCAGGUCCUGAGCACAAGAGUGUCCCACCAGCAGAUGUAAACAGUGAUGCCCUUCGCUCUGCUUGGGCAGAUUUAAGGAGGAGGAGGAAGAAAAGAAAGAGGAGCAUCUGAAAGCAAAACAGGGAAGCCUUCAAAACGACGAAGGGGAAGUGUCUUUCUAAUUACACUAUUGAGCUGAAGCCCGUCCUCCCUGGCAGAGGAUGGGUACAGCAGAAGCCACUUUACGCAUGGACAGCAUGGAGGUUAAGGACGAGUGGCAGGAUGAGGACUUCCCCAGGCCACUACCAGAGGAUGGAGAUGUGGAUUCAUCAUGUGGCCUCACUGACAACAGAACCAAUCCUCCCACUACUCUGAAUGUGGGCGAGUCCAUGGCCCAGCGUAAGCGUCGCACUCUGGUCGCCCCCAACAUGAACCUCUCCCUGGAUCAGAGCGAGGGGUCGGUGCUCUCUGACGACUUCCUGGAAACGCCCGACGACCUGGACAUCAACGUAGAUGACAUCGAGACUCCUGAUGAGACAGACUCGCUGGAGUUUAUCAACAAUGGCAACGAGCUGGAGUGGGAAGAUGACACUCCUGUGGCCACUGCCAAGCGUCUUCCAGGUGAAAGUGAAGAGGAGAGAGACUCAUCUGGUCGUCUGUGGCGAACAGUGAUCAUCGGUGACCAGGAGCAGCGGAUUGACAUGCAGGUCAUCAGGCCGUACCUGAGGGUGGUCACACAUGGCGGUUAUUAUGGUGAGGGUCUGAAUGCCAUCAUCGUGUUUGCAGCCUGCCACCUUCCUGACAGCGGGUGUGAGGACUACACAUACAUCAUGGAGAAUCUCUUUCUGUACGUUGUGAGCAGCCUGGAGCUGCUGGUGGCAGAAGAUUACAUGAUUGUUUACCUGAACGGAGCAACUCCUCGCAGGAAGAUGCCCGGCAUCAGCUGGCUGAAGAGAUGCUACCAGAUGAUUGACAGGAAACUGAGGAAGAAUCUAAAGUGUCUCAUUAUCGCUCACCCAACAUGGUUCAUCCGGACCAUCCUUGCCAUCUCAAGACCUUUCAUCAGCGUGAAGUUCAUGGAUAAGAUCCGUUACGUUCACACCCUGGAGGAACUCAGUCAGAUCAUCCCCAUGGAGCAUGUGCAAAUCCCGGAGUGUGUGUUGCAGUAUGAUGACGAGAAACUAAGAGCCCAAAGGGAAAGACUUGAGCAAAAGCAGCAGCAGACCAACUCAACACUGCCUAAAGAAAGGCCAAAGUCAAUGAUAGCAGAGGUUGGCCGUGACAUCUGACAUUAAGAGCUUUCAAUUGAAGAACCAAUGGUGGAACAUUCAUUCAUUAAAAUGGGAGCCAGCCUAGACCACCAUCACACGUUUGUUGCACAGGAUUAAAUCUCCUGACUGGAUCCAUUAGCUGCAAGACAAUCAUUUCUCAGAAACAUUAUCUUCAGUAACAUGCUUUCUUCUAAUUAAAAGUUAAUAUUACACCAAAGCAUUACAAGAUAUAGCUAAAUCAAAAAGUAUCUGCUCCUUGCAUGUCGAGUUGAGCUUUAUCUACAGCAUGACUUCAACUAUAUAAAUGAAAAAUUAAGGACUUGGAUGAACACUCAAGCAUUUUCCGACAGAGCCAGGAAUAACGUCCGUUUCAGCGUGUACAUACUUGUACAUAUGUUUUUGAGAAAGGUGUGUUUGCACAGAUAUUUGGUUUUUGAUAUGAAUGGCAUGGGUAUUGUUUGGUUUCAUGACUGUUUACUGAAAAAUAAUGAUAUUGCAAUGACAAUUGAUGCACUGAUGCAAACGUGUGUUACAGUUUUCAAGUUUUCCAGAGUUUGAUAUGCAGGUGGCAUGCUUGUUUAUAUCCUUCUGUCUCUGUUACAUUUGUUUUUGUCAGUUUUUAAGUAAUUUGCCAUCAUGUUUCAGAAGGUACUUUUACAAGUUGGAAAGAAUACAUUGUUACAAAUGAAAUUAAAUAUAUUUAAAGAGAGAGUCAAAUUAAUUGCUAAAAGUGUUAUUUAUGAAAAUGUGCCAUUUACUCUUUGUAAGAAAAAAUAAAUAAAGGCGUGAACUAAAACAAGCUUUGGUCAUGCCAUGAUUUGUCACCUCUUGUAUCCAACCUUGACUUCUGAUACAGAACAGAUUUACUUGCACGGACAGCCUUGCUCAUGAACAUUACAGCUUGUAUCAUCAUGUUUCAUCUUUUUUAUUGCCUCUAAAUGUGUUCCAGUUUGGUCCAGAAUGUUUUUGACAGACAGUUCCUGAUGAGUUAUUAAGGGGCAGAAUUAUGAUUUAUGAGUGUGUUGACCAAGUCAGUUGAUGGUCUUUGUGUCACCUGACAGUCCUGUUCUUCAUAGGGGUCAUUUGGACAUAAUAAUCUUCAUUUGACCUCUCUUUAUUUUUAAAUGCAACUAUUAUCACAAGGUAUUAAUGCAUUUCAUAUCCCAUAAUAAACUGUACUUUCUACUGCAUGUCCCUCAACAUUUUUAGCAUUUACUUUCAUAGUCUAUUAUGCAAAUUCAGUCAUUUAAACAAUUAAUGAUUCUUUGGUUCAGACAUGAAAAAGAGAAUUUAGUUCAGUGAAAUGGCGCUACUUCUUAUGUCUUUUGGCCUAUAAUAAUACAAAAUUAAUAUUUCAGCAUGAAAAUGUUUAUGGAAAAGAGGUCUGCUAAACAUGAGGUUAUAACAGAUAAAAACAAGAAAAUAUUGAUUAAAAGGUUAACUAUUUAAAUUUAAAGGAAUAGUUCGACAUUUUGGGAAGCAGGCACAUUUGCUUUCUUGCUGAGAGUUAGAUGAGAUACUGUCCACUCUCAUGCCUUUGCAUUAAGUAUAGUGCUAGAGCCAGGAGGCUAUUAGCUUAGCUUAGCAUAAAGACUGGAAGCAGUGAGAAACCGCUACGGGCCUGUCCAGGUUCCCAUUGCGCCCCAAUGGGUGAAGUAUAUUAUGUGUAUGUUUGUUUUUGUUUUUCACGUUACACAUUACAUGUUGUGUUGUUACUAUGCUUUCAUAUUGUUUCACUGACAUAACAUCAUAUGGUUCUGUCAAGAUGUGAUUUAUAAUGUUGGAAGGGUGUUAUGAAAGUCUUUUGCACAAAAGUGUAAUUAAGUCCAACUGUAAUGCUGUGGUUUUAUUGGCUAAAUUACAAAUGCAUUGCAUGAUUAAAUUAAGAAAAUCACAUUGCAUCAAAAAAUUUUGUGAAUUAAAUAUAUUUAAUUAAAUGUAA